UGUCGCUCUGCUCACACUGUUCUACGCUCCGACACUUUCUCUCUCUUUCACUCGUUUUUUUCACGGAGGUUCAAUGAAAUCUACUGACUUUUUUUUUCUUUUUUGCUCUGGAUACGCAUAAAUCUGGGAAGUGAACGCAAGAAUCCGGGAUUCCGAAUAUCUGCAGGAGUUCACAGUAAAUGGAUGGCCUGUCAGCUCCGGAGUGCUGAAGCUCUGUAAAGUCAUUCCUGUGUUUUAAUGCGAGUAUCCCUGAGGAGUUUAGUGUGUCAUCGGGACCUUGAGACGCUGCCACACACACACACACACACACACACACACACACACACAUGCACUGAUGUUCAGCCUCAUAGCUCUCACAGUAGACCUGGCAGACCUCUAAUCUCUGAAAGAUUGAUGAGGUCUUGUCCAAGCGCAGGAGGCCUGGCACGGUGUCGAUAAGGCGGCUUUCAUUUCACCACGUUUUACUCCUCGCCCCUGCCUUUCUUCUCCUCUUUUACUCCACACUGAAGGACAUGGGGGCCGGCUUUGAAGCGUGAGAGAGGAUUAUGACAUGCCGAGGCCUCUGGGCGAGAAGGGGUCAGUGUUUUAAGAAACAGGAACCAUGAAAUGCCCUGAAAAUAACAGUUCCGACUGCUGCAUGGAUGCCAGAGUCGACAUGUCGCUGUCAAACUGCUGGAGCUGGAAUAUAGUGAAACUACAGAGAGGAAAAACGCAGAGCUGAGAGUAGCUGAAAGCACAAAAAGCACACAAUCAGAGAGUCUCACACAGGACAAUGUGCAACAUCUCCUUCUGUGAUGUGGACAGUAAGGUGGACCAGUUCUUCCAGCCGACGCUCUACAUCAUAGUCAUCGUUCUGGGGCUGCCCACUAACUGCAUGGCGCUGUGGGCCGCCUACAUGCAGGUUCGCCAACGCAACGAGCUUGGCGUCUACUUAAUCAACCUCUCGGUGGCCGACCUCCUCUACAUCACCACUCUUCCUCUGUGGAUCGACUACUUCCUGCAGCACGAUGACUGGAUCCACGGUCAGGAGAGCUGCAAGCUGUUUGGAUUUAUCUUCUACACUAAUAUCUAUGUCAGCAUUGCCUUCCUCUGCUGUAUAUCACUGGACAGGUACCUGGCUGUGGCAUAUCCUCUGCGCUUUGCGAAGGUUCGACGGAUCAAAACAGCCAUCCUGGUCAGCGCCAUGGUCUGGAUCAUCGAGAUCGUCGCCAACUCCGCUCCUCUCUUCCACGAUGAGCUCUUCCAGGACCGCUUCAACCACACCUUCUGCUUUGAGAAAUAUCCCAUGCAGGACUGGGUGGCAGGGAUGAACCUCUACAGGACAUUUCUUGGCUUUCUGGCUCCGUGGACAGCCAUGCUCAUCGCCUACCGAGGGAUCCUCGCAGCGGUGCGAUGCAACGUCUCGACAGAGCGUCAGGAAAAGGCCAAAAUUCAGCGUCUGGCUUUGAGUUUGAUUCUCAUUGUUCUGCUGUGCUUUGGACCGUACCACAUCCUGCUCCUGGUGCGGAGUGCCAUGUUUCUGAGGAAGCCAUGUGACUGCAGCUCAGAGGAGACCCUGUUUGCGGCGUAUCAUGUAUCUUUAGCGCUGACCAGCCUGAACUGUGUGGCUGAUCCCAUUUUGUACUGUUUCGUCAAUGAGGGGGCGAGGCACGACGUCGGCCGAGCGCUCUCAGCUUUACUGUCCGCUGCCUGCCACCGGCGCUCCUCCUCCUCGCCAUCGCACGCCGACAUACUCAACGCUGGUUCGGUAACCAUGGAAACGCCGCUGUCGGCAAAGAAGCAGCCCUGUGUGUACGCUGACGGAGGCAAGACGAGCAGCUACAAGACCGAACUGGUGGCUCUGAAGGAGGAGUGUUUACAGAUGACCAUCCUCAGUGUUAAGAAGUGAACGUACCGUAACAGAUCCAAACCGUUCAGAGGAAACUCCUAUCACUCCCAGGGUCUGGUUUCUUCAGGAUGAAAUCAGAUGCAAGCAGUGGCUGUAGACGUGUGAGGUUAAAGCUUCCACUAGGUGGCACAUUAAGAAGCCAACGAUGUCAACGAAAUACACAGUCUGUAGUCUCGGUAACAGACGGAUGUGAGGUGGAAAUGAACAGAAAACAGUUGAAUGUUGACAGAGAAGCUACUUCGUUGUUGUUAGAUCUUCACCACAUGUAGGGGGGAAAAUUCUGCAAACAAAUUAGGUUUGAUUUUGUAAUGUGGUUUGUAAAAUAACAUUACAAAUAUGGAGUUUCUUGCAUUCCAAUUACCUGUUCACACAUUAAGGUUGUCAAUUGUAUGUUGCUGAUUCUGUUCAACUUUCAGCUGUACAGCUGCGCUGCAUGCUACACUUAGCAUGUCAGCAUGAUUUGUGGUUGGAGCAGAAGAAACUUUGAUCUGGCGGUGGCGCUGUAUGAAAAGUCAGGGGAUCACCAACAUCCUUAGGAUUCAAAUUCACCCAUGAAUCUCUGUACCGAAUUUCACAUCAAUCAGUCCAGAAAAUGUUGAGAUAUUUCAGUCUGGAUCAAAGUCUUGAACAAAUCGACAGACCCGCCAACAAUGUGACUAAUAAGGAUCUUAACAAGACAGUUUGGAUAUUUGAACUAUUUCCGUCUGUGCCAGGAGUCGUUUAUGAUGCCGAAGAAGACACUCUUGAAUAUUUAAAUAUUAAAACAGGCCAGUCUGUGCAUGGCUGAGUGCUGCAGGUGAUCCGAGAGGAGACUCACUGUCACAUCGACGCCCAACCGGACAAAAGGCAGACUCUGCUUUGGAAUAUGAAUAAAGAGCAGUAGGAGGUUAAUACAAAAGAUUGAGGAUUAAACAUUUGUAAUGCAGUUUGGAAAUGUCUUUAUUGUUACAGCAGUUUUUUUUUUUUGUUGAAGGAAAUAAUGAAGCCUUUUUGAAGUACCUCAGCUUGUAAACUGUGACAGCAUGAAGGCUUAGAGUCAAAGUGUCUUUCUUUUGUAAUGUGAACCAUGUUUUAUCUCUUAUUUUUACCACAUACAGCAAAAAAUAGAUAUAUCUCACGUCACUGAGAUAUAAAACAGCCUUUUACUGCAUUCUGGUUAGUCUGAAAGUUUCACAUUUAACUAUAUUAGCGGUAUGUUGUGGAGCUGAAAAUCAGUGUCAUAGUUGUAAAACAGAGAUUUUUUUUUACAGUGUGAGUGCAUGCAUUUGCCAGUAAUCAUAGAAAUAUGGGAACGUACAUGCUGGAGGUAUAAAAUCUAAGUUUUAUUGCUUUAAAGUUCUGACAACAUUGAGUCUGCUGCGGAUAAUCACAUCUAACCUGCCUGGAUUCAAACUACAUGCGUGAGCUAUGGCCCAGCUGACCCAGUAACAUUUACAUUCCUAUUACAGACAAAAGCCUUUUAAUUAAGUCCUGAACUUUCAAAAUGAUAUGUAGAACAUUGUUGUUUUCAGUUUCAUUUGUCCUCGCUUAACAUGUUGCACAACAGUCUUCAGAUCUAUUCUAGUUUCUCUAAAUUGACAGGAUUUAUACAUUCCUCCAUGAGUCACAUGGCUGCUAACAUGGUUUGUCAUAAUAGGGAAGGAAAUUAGGAAGUAUUAAUCUAUGCAUUUUUUUAAAGUGUAUUGAGGAAAAGAUUUAUUGGAAUAAACAUAAAACCAUCUCCGACCCUGGAGGAUAUGGCUUAAUUAAAAUGAGCAAUGCAGCAUUGAUUGUUUUUAAUGACUCUUUCCAAAAUCAGCAGUUAAAAAUUUAUAGCAUUUAUAGCUUUUCUACAUGAAGGUUGACUGAUUUUAAUGUAAACAUAAUUGACAGUUUUAAUAAGCCAGUUCUAGAAUAGCUGCCAUAUUUUAUUUCUAGAAUCAAGUGAGAGCUGUCAAAAAAUGACAUUGAUUGACUGAUGUUAUUUUUCCAUUUUUGGAGCUUUUUUUUAUACAGUAAACCCAACACAAAGUGACCAAAUAAUGCAAAUUUAGUUCUCAGCAUUUGCAAACCCAAAAAUGAGCAUUUUAAAUAAAAAAUACAGUAAAUUUGAUUCCAAAAAACUAAAUCAACUCUCAGCCUGAUCUUUAAACUUUUUUUUCAGUUUGCUUUUCUGUGCAGUCGUAUGCUUUUGUACCUUUGGAUUAAUGGUAAUAACAUUUCAUCAAUGCAUCUGUUUACACUGUAGGAUUCUCUGCUGUAUGCUCAGAAAUAUAGCAUGAAUGAUCUUCCUUGUGUGCAGUAUUAUGGCUCAUUAAUCUCCAGUUCAAGGCAGUGAUUUAGCGGAGAUAAAUAAGUGCCCACAUUGCGGUUACACCUGCAUCCCAGCAGCGGUGGUUUUUUAAAAAGAUGUUUUCUCGGCAUGGAAGCACUGCUCAGCUCAGUGCGGUGAUGUAAAGUCAAGUCUGUGGAAACUUUCAGCUUGUUAGCGUCGCUGCUCUACCUGCCGCUGGUUUUGUCGUGCAUCUGUGUGUCGGUUCUGAGAGGAGAGGAGGUGCCGGGCUUCAUAUUGUGUAUUUGUUCAUCAACAGUGUCAGUGAGAAAUAAAUUAUGCAUAUGAACCUUUGCUUCUACCAGUGUUUGUUUGUUUAAGCUGCAUGGAGGCAGCAGCUGGAUGGUGGCAGCUUUUUUAAGAAGGAAAUAAACUGAAGGAAAACAAAUUUGACUGUUUAUCAUCAUAUUCUGUUUUCUUUACUCCUUUUCUUUUUGUUUGUCUUGUUGCCAUCAAGUGUGAUAACUGCAGGACACUGAUGAUUAAACUUGUUUUGAGCAAACUCAAAGCUAAUCUGAAAUUCUUUAGAUGAGAAAACAAAGGAAAAGGUAAAUUUAUUAUCUAAAGACCAGUUCCUGACUGUCUUCCUGGUGCAUUUUUGACCUGCUUUGUUUACCAGAGUUGCACAUGCACAGAAGGAUCACUGUCAAUAUUUUGCAUGUGCUUCAUACAAAUGGCUAAACUAAACUGGCUAAAUUACAGCACACAGACUACUGAUUUUAUUCAUUUUCUUUGAGUUUUAUUUCUCCGUCUGAUCUGGUCUCCUGAGUAAUUCCGAGCGGGACUUUCCUUCAAAUUUGGAGCAAUGUUCACUCAGACUGAAGGAUGAACUGAUUAGAUUUUGUUGUUUAAGAUCAAAUGUCACUGAAGUCUCACCAGACAUUUUUUGUUGGCCAUAACUCAAGAUUUCCUUUGCUAUUAUGACAAAAUUUCCCACAAAUAUCUAAUAAUGUAAAAAGAUGAAGUGCUAAUAUUUAAAAGGGUGAAAUGGCUGUUUGACUGUUAUUCAGCACCAGAACUCAGAAGGAGCAGAAGGAGUAAUUUUGACCAUAUUUCAUGUUUUCCUUUAUGUGCUUUCAGGCUGACUGUUGAAGUGAAGCCUCCACAUUUUAAUAUAUACAUACGCUACUGUUCAAAAGUUUGGGGUCACUUUAACAUUAAAUGAAUCAGAAAUGCAGUGUAGACAUUGUUAAUGUGGUAAAUGACUAUUGUAGCUGGAAACAGCUGAUUUUUAAUGGAAUAUCUCCAUAGAGGUACAGAGGAACAUUUCCAGCAACCAUCACUCCUGUGUUCUAAUGCUACAUUGUGUUAGCUAAUGGUGUUGAAAGGCUCAUUGAUGAUUAGAAAACCCUUGUGCAGUUAUGUUAGCACAUGGAGGAAAGUGUGAGUUUUCAUGGAAAACAUGAAACUGUCUGGAUGACUCCAAACUUUUGAACAGUAGUGUACAUGUUUCUUUUUAGUAAUGUCCAUUUAUGAAUCAUUGUCUGCUGUCUUUGCUGCAAGUUUGCGUAUGUAUGAGUAUGAGUCUGGACAGACAUGAAUGUAAACUAGUAAUUCUAUAUACAUCACAUACAUUUACUGGCAUUUGUUGUGAGUGAAAUCUCACUUUGUAUAGAGAUUUGUUUAACUCUGUUUUAUGUAGAAUCUGUUUUUAACUCUGUCAGCAAAUUAAUAGUGAUUAAAGACAAACUCAUAGAGUUAAUCAACUGCUAAUCGGGAGUGUUAAUUGGUUGGCUUCACCGUCUGUAUACAACAAAGCAUGUAAAGUAUCUUCUUACCUACAUUUCCGUUAUAUACCAGUAAAUAAGGUGCUUUCUGGGUAUUAAUGUCACAUUUGAAUGCUAAUUCUCAUCUUAACUUUGCAUAUUGUGAUUUAUCACUAUUGUUCACUGUCACAUGGAGUUAAAUUUACCCUCUUGUGUGGACAGAGAUACAGCAAACACUUGACAGUGAUGAGUAGUUUACUUUUACUCCAGGGGAAAGAGUGUGGACAUGUAUCCCCAUUAAAGUGCACAGCAGUCGUAGGCUUCUCCUUUGCCCUGAGGUGUGGCCGUUCAGAACAGUUCUAUACACUUUCAGUUGGCCGACAUGUUUUAUGACCUGCUUUGAGGCUUUAACAUACACAAACGUAUAUCAGAGUGGCUGCAGAUCAGGAAACACUUGUGUUUUCUCUAACUCAAAGUCUGCAGCUCCUCCCUGCAGGGCUUAAAAAAUGCAGGCCAGGAUCAUGUGUGCGGACAUGGAGGUGAAACUACCAGAUUCACAUAUUUUCAGUCCGUCUUGUGUGAAAUCACCGCAGAGAGACGAGGACUGGGGCGCUGCCAACACAAAGUCACCUUCUUCACUCUUCACUUCCACUUGUUCUCGACUCCCAGAGCUGCACGGCUAAUGAACCACACCAAGGACAAAGUGUACAAGCUGAACAUGUGGGUCUGGACCUUUCUGUGUGUAUUUUAAUGAAUGCUCUGUGCAUCCUUUCCAUUGUACAUCAGUGGGAAUCCAAUAUUUACGACCUGUCCUCAGGAUGAUGGACGCAUUCAGUCUGUGUUGUACAAGACAGGACAGUCUGUACAUGUGGGUGAGACAAGGGAGGAGGAAGAGGAUGGUUUUGUGUAAUAUACAGGAGUGAGCACAUGUAAACGUGUACUGUGCACUUGUAUUUUUAAAUGUUAGUCUUACAGCAUGUUUGUGGAAUAAAAACCAAGCUUUCA